GGAAAAAACGAAGGAUAGCAAUUGCCGACUAGCAUUUUCCAGUUGCAACAAAUCCUAAUCUUGAAAAAUAUAUACGUAAAUCUUUAAACCCUUCACACUUUCUGUUCCUACUCAUCACAAAUCAGGAUCAGAAUUCUUCCUUUUGUUUGUUUUUUUUCUAAAUUUUUUUUUGCGUACAGUUCUUUAUGUUUUUCAAGAAUUCUGAUCAGACCAGUGUGGAAUAUAGAAAUUCAGGAUUUAUUUUCACAUCGAUCCAAUAAAAGAAAAAGGGUUUCGUGAUUUCAACGGAACCCAAAUUCUUAUUUUUUUGUAGCUGAAUCUGCAUUAAUGUCUGCAUUGGAAAUGGAUCCCGUUCUUGCUCUCGCUUGAAUUGGCUAUUUAACUUGGCAUACGAUAGCUCAGCCGCGAUCUGGUGAUUGCAAGUAGUACUCUGUAUUGUGUAUCGAAGCCUUUCAUUGAUUUCGUGGUUUUGAUACUCAUGCUGUUAUUUGACCCCUUCUCUCGGUAAUAAGCUCUCGUCCUUGUCUGCCAUUUUACUCAUUUUCCGAAUUUCAUUUCUGCUACGUUCUUUUUAUCAGGAUUUGGGUUAAUUUCGUUCAAAUUACAAUGGGCUGGUCGCCCAUACAAACUGUAUUGCAUUCAUUUGUAGGGUAGGGGGGAGUGGGAAAUCAAUAUGGCGUGGUUUGAAAUUAGAAUGAAAUCGAAGAUAAAGUGGGCGGCACUUGGAGGACUAGUAUUAUCAUUUGCGUCGAUAUUGGUGCAUUUGUUUCUUGCAAAGUCGAGUGCCAGUCUUGUCCAGUAUGGUGCUGCCACAGCUUUUACUGAGGAUUUGCAUUACAUUGGCAACCCCAGCAGAAAGGGUGUUGCGUAUAGGAGGUUGUGGGGAAAGGUGAAUGCAUUGGAGCCAUUGCAGCCAUAUGCAAACCCAAGAAGUGUUUCAUAUUCUGUUCCACAUGAGCAGAACAAUGGUUUCAUUUAUGCUAAAAUUCGUGGUGGCUUCGAGAAGAUCAGAACCUCGAUCUGCGAUCUGGUCACAGUGUCAAGGCUUCUGAAUGCUACCCUUGUUAUACCUGAGAUUCUAGAAAGCACUCAAUCAAAAGGCAUCAGUUCCAAGUUCAAGAGUUUUUCAUAUCUUUAUGAUGAAAAGCAAUUCAUAGCAGCUCUAGCAAAUGAUGUGAUCAUUGUGAGGAACCUACCAUCAGACUUGAUGGAGGGCAGAAGACAAAAGCAAUAUCCAAUCUUCAAGCCGAAAAGCUCUUCUUCUUCCAAUUUUUAUUUGCAUGAAGUCUUACCAAAACUGAAGAAUGCAAAGGUCAUUGGCUUGAUACUUACUGAUGGAGGAUGCUUACAGUCCAUCCUUCCCUCAAGCUUGGUUGAGUACCAAAGGCUCAGAUGUCGAGUUGCCUUUCACGCACUUCAAUUCCGUGCAGAAAUUACUGAAGUUGCACAUAGAAUGGUAGAAAGGCUACGAGGUUCUGGUCAACCUUAUCUUGCUUACCAUCCAGGGCUUAAGCGGGAUACCCUAGCAUAUCAUGGUUGUGCUGAACUUUUCCAGGAUGUACAUACGGAACUCAUACAAUACCGUCGAGCACAGAUGAUCAAACAAGGAAUAAUGAAAGGAGGACUAAGUGUCGAUUCAUUUGCUCGAAAAUGGAAUGGUUCUUGCCCACUAAUGCCACAAGAGGUUGGGCUUCUCCUUCGAGCAAUGGGUUACCCUCCCAGAACAAGAAUAUUCUUGGCAGGUUCUGAAACCUUUGGUGGGCAAAGGGUUCUGAUUCCUUUACGUGCCAUGUACGCCAACUCAGUGGAUCGUACUUCUUUAUGCAGCAAACAAGAGCUUGCCAAUAUGAUUGGCCCUGAAACCUAUCUUCCUCCGGAUAUGUUUGAAUUCCCGCCAACAAAGAGCGCAAAACAACUGAAAGAAGAAUGGGACAAGGCUGGUCCUCGUCCUAGGCCUCUUCCUCCACCUCCAGACCGGCCUAUUUAUCGACAUGAAAAAGAAGGCUGGUACGGAUGGAUUGCAGAAAAAGAAUCAGAACCAGACCCUUCUCCGAAUGAUUUAAGGGAGCAAGCACACCGUUUGCUGUGGGAUGCUCUUGAUUAUAUUGUUUCUGUGGAAGCUGAUGCUUUCUUUCCUGGUUUUGACAAUGAUGGUAGUGGAUGGCCAGACUUUUCCAGCUUAGUUAUGGGACAUCGAUUGUAUGAAAUGGCCUCGAGUAGAUCAUAUAGACCUGACAGGGGAUUCCUUACUAAACUCUUCAACAGUACCAGUGAUCAUCUUUACCAUCCUCCACGCAAUUGGACCCUCACUGUAAGAGAACACCUUAACAAAAGCAUGGCAGAAGAUGGAAUUGUGCGAGAAUUUCAUCAAUCAAAGCAGAAGUCAUUUCUCUCUCACCCCCUACCUGAAUGUUCAUGUACAACUCUCAAGAGCACUGAUUUGAAGCAUUUACAGAAGGGCAGUAACCUUCAAAUUAUAUAUGGACAACAGGACGAGUGCCCUGAAGGGUUGGGACAAGAUCUCAAAACUAUCGGAUCACAGGAGAUCAGUGGUGAUGAUACUGAAGGACAAGAAGAUGAUACGGAUAUAGAAUUGAUGGAAUCAGAUGAAAAUAGCCAAGUUGACACGAACCCCUCAGGGGAGCAGGAUGAGGAAAUGGACCCCGACGAUUAGGAUCACUGUAUAGAUACCACCUGGUUGUUCUGGGUUCUACUUCAUUUGGCCAUCAAUCUCGUCUAUGAACUUAUCGGAUAGAUGUUGCCUAGCGGAACAUAGCUUUUCAAGGCUGCAGUGCACGUCUUUCCAGCAGGUGCACCGGCAAUUUUUGUAGGUUUCAUUCACUGGGAUGAAGUUCUUCAAGAUUAAUGCUAGGUGAAUUCAAGUGAACCCACUUGUCCUCAGCCCUUUGAGUAGGGAUAAGUGGGUUCUUCUGCAAAAUUAGGAUUGGACCUUUUUACUUUCUGAAGAUAUAGAAGAUGAGUAACUGCCCACACAGAAAUUUUCCCACACAAUACUUACACACCAGUAUGAUUUUUCCCCUUUCAUUAAAUAUUUAAAUCAGUUGAAUUUGUAAUGCACAUGUAUUUGUUACAAAUUCUUGACCUGGUCCCCUCUCUCCCCCUCAUUGUUCGACCCAUUUGUCAGGAAUAAAUUCUUGUCGCAUGCCCA